CAAGAAACCUUUAAAACACUGCACUCUACAGAGUCGGUUUUUAAAACCUUUGGAUUAAGCAUGGAUCAAAAACGUGGAGCGGAGAAAUUCCGCAGUAUCGCCCGGAAAGUGAAGAUGGGGAAGAAGCUGGAGCGUGUGAUGAAGGGAGACCGGGGCGGGACCACCUCCGCUACGUCACAGGACACCACAGAUCUGGACAACAAAACUCCUGAGCCGUAUAACUGUAUCGGUGAUUUUGAGGCAGACUACCUGGAGCUGUGUACCCGUGCAGGACUGACAGAGAUCCCCCAGGUGGCACCCAGACCCCACCGACCUGAACCUCCCCCUCCCCCUGAUCCUAAGGAGAAGGUCGAGGAGCCGACCACGCCCACCCCAGGUGAGCCGGAGGAGCCGCUGCCCACCACCUACACAACCAGCAACAAGUUUGACUUCUUCCGACCUAAAGUACAAGUGGAACUGGAGAAACCUGAGGACAAGAAGAGCAUGACUGAAAUCUACAUCAGAGGGUGGAAAGUUGACCAGCGGUACAUGGAUGUGUUCAGACUGUGUCUUCCUGCAGCCGACAAGUUGCACACUAUCGAUUUGUGGAAUGUUGGUCUAACAGACAACACUCUGGCCCAGUUCUCAGCAGUUGCAUCACAGUGUCUCAACCUCAGAACUGUAAAGCUGGAUGGGAACCCUGUGCCUGGAGAAGGCUUCCAUCAACUUAUCGGGGAGGACAGCAUGAUAGUGAGUAUGUCCUUGAGGAGUUGUAAGAUAUCUGACAAGGGUGCGUUGCUGAUCGGGAAGGCCCUGUCCACGGUUAAGACACGGAACCAGAGUCUGUGUGUGCUGAACCUCAACAGUAACCUCAUCACAGAUGUGGGCGCCUGCCACCUCUCUAAUGGUUUGAGGAUGAACAGAACAUUGCUGAUUCUGUCAGUUGCCAACAAUGCAAUUGGGGAUGAAGGGGCCAAACAGUUAGGGGAGCCCAUCCCGAAGCGAUCAGAGUCCCGAGACCGUCCGAUGAGUCAGAGCAGCCGGUCACAGCUGGACAAGUCCGUGGCCAAGUCUGGACGCUCCUCCUCCAAGGCGAAAAAGAAGGAUGAUAAGGGCAAAGGGAAAGAUGACAAGAAAAAAGGGAAUAAGAUAGGAGAGGCAGGACUGAAGGCCCUACUGAAGGGGAUCCAGUACCAGAUCACUCUCACCACACUGGGAUCACGAUCGGGUGGCACGGGGCUCAUGAGGCUGUCUCUACAGAAAAAUGGAUUUCCACCUGACCACGAGCUGUAUACCAAGAUUCAGGAGUUGAUGGUGACCAGAGAUCCACUGUACAAGCCUCCUGCCAAGUCUCCUGAUGAGGACUCCAUUUCACAGACUACUGGGGUGUAGAAUACUGUUUGGGCUGCAAGAAAGGCUGUGGAACAAGGCUUAAAUGAGAUUUUAAAAUAAUACAUACUGACACCGAUGCAGG